AUGGACGUGGGUUCGCACCUCACUAAACGUGCUGGCCAUGUGAAGUUUUUCCGGGUUUUUACGUGUCUAACACCUAAAUAUGGACAAUUUCCCAUAGAUGAUCUCCCAUUAGGCAGAUUACCUACGUCUUGCAUUGACGUAGACCAUUAAACCAAACCUUUAAAAUUCAAAAAUACUCAAAAAAAUAGACCAAUUAUUGCUUACUAUAAUUGAGUUUUAACUUGAACUUCAUAAUAAUUUGGGCCAGAAUAAUAAAUUAUUUUGGAAAUAGGUUUCAGACCUACUUUUACGACCUUGCGCAGAGGUCAGAGAAUAAAGAAACGAAAAUCGGGUCACACACAGCUUGUUACACAGUAACUUUCGCCCGAGUCGGUUUAUAGUCUACUCUAAAAAGCGAUGUCUUGGCAUAAACCAGAAAUUGUCGACAUAAAUGAAAUUAACAUAGAAGCGCAGCAAUCCCCUAUAAAAGUCAACAUCAUCAUUGAAUAUGUAGAUGAAGAGAAUAAUGAAGAAGAAAGAAUGGAAGUGGAAGAAUGUGUUUAUGAAAAAUCCGAUUUUGUGAAUACAGUUAUGAAAACAGCUCAUAUAAGGAAGAAGGAGUUUUUGAAACUAUUAGAUGAAUAUUCUGAACUUGUGAAAGAAAUUCAGAGAGCAGAAAGGAAAUUAAUGAAUGAAAAAUUUUCAUUUUAAUAUUAUUUUUUGUACAUCAUUUAAUCAAUUUUAUACUUUUUAAAUAUUUGUAAAGUUUGUGAUAUGUAUACAACUUCUGGAAUAAAUGCUGCAAGCCCACACUUUACAAAUGAUAUAAAUUUUCUAUUAUGAUUAUACAAAAUGUUAUAUUAUGUUGGUGGCUACCUUUAUAUACAAUUUUACAAGGUCUUUCAAAAUGGAUGCUACCAUUUUAAAUCACUGUAAUUAUGUUAAUUAUUAUUUGAGAAGUAUGCAACAUACAUUGAUAGAUUAACUGUUCAAGUUUCAUUUGCCAUCUGCAUUCAAAUGCCUUGUCAUCUAUUACCUUUAGGAAGCACCAUAAAUGAAAAUGGUGACUUGUGGAGUCACCAUUUACAUUCUGCAGUUUGCAAAGUCAGAAUCGCUCAUUGUUGUGCAACACGAGUAAUCUAUCGGAGCUGUAGAAUUGUGGCUGCUGUGGAAGGAGUAACAACAGAUAUGCUGUAAAAAGCAUAAAGAAUUUGAAUAUUGAUCAGAUGUGCUGUUUGACAUGAGAUGCACGUAUUGAGAAAUUAUAAUGGACAAAUGUGAAACUUGGACAGUUUUCCAAUAUUUUAAUGUAUGUUACAAGCUUCUUGGAUAAUAACUAACAUAAUUUAAAAAGGCAGUAUUGUUUUUUGAAAGACCCUGUACAGUUAAAACUGUAUUUCCAAGGAUGUAAGAUUCAUUUAUAACACUGAGCUUAUGAAAAAUAGGACAGUUUGCUUAAUGAUAGUUUUUCAGAAACCAGUUAGGAUAUAAUGACUCUAUUGUAUAAGCUAAUGAUGUUGCUGAUUAUUAAGGAAGUGUAAUGAAAAUUUGCUAUCUGUUAAUUACUUUUAUCUCUGUACAUGGUGUAAUAUCUACAGACUAAUUUGAGAAAUUUAUGUCAUAUUUGUCUCCAAUUUU